GGCGUGAGACCGGAAAUGCAUUGCCACACUUUCACUUCAGAGCACGCUCCCAAAUUUGGUAACUGUGCGAGUUGCAGUUUGAACUCAAUAAAGGACCCAUUUUUUAGAGCGACAAGUCGUUGGACUCGUAGGUUUGGCGUCGUGAGUUUGCGACGCUUGUGUUACAUGGCAUGUGAAUCGUCAAUGGAGUGUUCCCUGCGCCGGUCAUCAAAACUCGGACAUGAUGUGCUGGAGAAAGCGAAGAGACGGUCCAUUAACUGGCCAAACGUUAGUGCAAAACCAUCACCCAUGUUCAGUCACAAGAAAGACUCAGAGAGAAACUUUUCCCAUGCAAACCUGGACCGUGCUUUUGCAACAAUAGUGGAGUACAUGGCAGAAACUACAAGGCAGUGCAAGGCGUUUCACAAGUCUGUGCACCAGGCUGAGCCCAACGAGCGAGUACAUAUCUGUCGCUAUCAUUGCCAGGACAUGUUAAAAACCUCUGACCAGAACCAUAAUGCUGCUUUAACCAUCGACAGAGAUUUUGUUACAUCAGAGGAUUUCUUUAUUGAAGUGUCUCCAGGAACUUAUUCCAUCACAGCAGCCAUGCAGGACACACGGCCAGUAACCAAAACUGUCCGCAUCACCACCGGGGAAAGCAAGAGUCUUCGGUUCAAUCUCUGAAUAACAACAUCCCCUUUGCAUUUUGUAUGAAUGACAGCCAUAACAAUUAUUGCACUAAAAUUGUAAACAAUGACUCCGCUAUCUGAUUCAGAGUUGUUUAUUUAUCUUGCACUUGUUUUCCCAUCAUAUAUUUAUACAUUAUUUUAAAAUGUAUUUUUAGUAAUGAAUGCCAUAAUGAUUUGUGAAAAUGUACUUUUACUUUGUGUAUUCCUCCUACAGAUUAAACAU